AUGACGUCGAUAGGAACAGGCUACGAUCUCGCCAACUCCAUCUUCUCCCCAGACGGUCGAAACUUCCAGGUCGAAUAUGCCGUGAAGGCGGUCGAGAAUGGUGGCACUUCAGUUGGCAUCCGGGCCAAGGAUGGCGUUGUUCUAGCGGUCGAGAAGGUCGUCACCUCGAAGCUGCUGAAGCCUGGCGCAAACAAGAGAAUCGCAACUGUUGACAGACAUCUCGGAGUCGUAUACUCUGGCAUGGUCCCCGAUGGCCACCACUUUGUCGACCGGUCGCGCGAUGAAGCCCGUUCGUGGCGUGAUACCUUCAAGACACCUAUCUCGACCUCCGACCUCGCUAGCCGUAUGGGCGGAUACCUACAAGCAUACACCUUAUACCAAUCGGUGCGUCCAUUCGGCAUUACAGCCAUCGUCGGUGGGUUCGACUCGGAGCUCGAAGCACUCGUAGAUGGCGAGGUUGGCUCGGGCCCUUCUGUUGGCGCUGGCGGCAAGGUGGAAGGCAAACAUGGCGGCCCGGGUCUCUACAUGAUCGAGCCCAGCGGCAUGUACUGGGGAUACUACGGCGCAGCGACCGGCAAGGGUCGACAGGCAGCCAAGGCAGAGCUCGAGAAGCUGAACCUCGCCGAGGGGAAGCUUGACCUGCAGCAGGCAGUCAAGGAGGCGGCGAGAAUCAUCUAUGUCGCACAGCAAGACAACAAGGACAAAGAGUUCGAGCUGGAGAUGAGCUGGAUCAGCAGCGCGGAUGGCCCCACCAAGGGACGGCAUAUGGAGGUCCCCAAAGACAUCCUUGCGGAGGCCGAACGAUUAGCGAAGAAGGCCAUCUCGGAGGAUGAUGACGAGGAAGAGGAGAACAAGGAUGAGGACAAGAUGGAGGAAUAG